AUCCUUUAUUUGAGUAGAUAUUGAAAGGUGAUUUAAUAUACUACAAUACACAAAGAAUUUAAAUCAGUUUUUGUUUGGACAGGAUUAAAGUUCCGUGAUAUAGGUAAAAUUGUAUAUGUAUAGAAGAAGGUUGUUUGUCAUUUAAAGGAAUUUGUGUUAUUAAGUUUUAGCAACAUAAGACGUAAACAAGGAAUUUGAAUCAGGGUGUUUUUGCAAUGAAGCUGACCGAAAGAAUGGCGACUUUUCUAGAUGAAAAAGACGAAUUACUAAGUCCUCAGGAAAUUGAAGAAGAAAAGAAAUGGGAAACGGAAUUUCAAAAACGACGAAAAGAAUUAGAAAAAGAAAAACUUAAACUAGAAGAGAGAAAACGACAAUCUUGUUCUCGCCUUGAGGAAUUGAAUAAUAGAUGGCGAAAUAUAGAACAAAGAAGAACCUCACGGAGUAAUAUUCGACGAACAGCGACAACUCUAUCAUCUGAUGAAACCACAGCUCCUACACUUCCGGAAAGGGGUAGUACCGUUCUUUAAGACCACCAAUAUUACUAUUUUUUCAAAGCCACACAUAUGUGUUCAAUUUGUUAUUCGAUAUGAUGAUUGUGUUUAAAUACUUAAAAGCUAUCUGUGAUCAACUAUGUGUUUAUUAAAUAAAAGAUAUACUAUGUU